CCCUCCCCGCCACACGCGAGCAAACCCGGCACAUACGACAGCCGGCGUUCGACCAGAUCUGUUCUGCAUAGCAGCACUACAGAAUGCCGCCUUACUACUGGCAGGUGUGCAGGGGCGGACACGUCCCCCAUGGUGCGGUGAUGGCGGGGCCCGACAAGGACGGCGCGCCCGUGUACGUCGGAAGGGCUCACCACGCAGGUGACCUCGUGCCGGCCAAGGUGGUUCCAAAGAAGGGCGGCGCCUACGUGCCCCACAACGGCCAGGAACACUUCAAGACCGCCUUUGAGGUGCUGUGUGGUGGCAGCCCCGCCUGGAUGUAUGCAAAAGCAGGUCACGUGCCGCCCUCGGGGUACCGCGUGGGGCAGACGUCCACAGGAGAGCGGCUGUUCGUUGGCCGUGUAAUGCACGACGGCGCCACCGCCGUUGGCAAGAUCCAUCCCUCCCACGGCGUGUGCUACAUUCCAUAUGGUGGCAGAGAGAUAGGCAAGAGUGAGUACGAGGUGCUGAUCACAAAUUAGUCUGCAUGGGAAUAACAAGAUGUGUGCUCUCAUUUGUACCACUUUGUUUCUGUAAAUAAACUGCCAUUUUUAUACACUUA